GUCUGCUUCCCCUCACAGUGUUGCCACUCUAUUUAUAGAGAGUCGGAGAGAAAGUUCCAUGUGAGCGGCAGUACAACUAGCAGAGUGUCAUUCACUUCUAGACACACCGGACGCUGUGUGUAUCCAUGUGGUCCACGGGAUUAUCUUUCAGUGAUUCAGGCCCCCUAUCAUAGUGGACUAGUGAACACAAAAUCAAUAAUGAAAGUUAUUGAUCUGCACCCAGACAGCGGUUUCCCGUUCCUCGUGCCUCCUCUCAGGGAAUGUCUGACAGUGAAGUCUCCGUGCGCCAUGGGUCUGGUCUCCCACAACAUGACAGUCUAUUGGCACGAGAUCUCUGACUACUUUUGUUUCUUAACCCUGCCCGUCUUGCUCAUCUUCGCCAUCAUCACUCAGAUCAUCAGUGUCAUCGUGCUGUCUCGCCAGGUCAGACAGUCGCUGGACACUUACCUGAUGGGGCUGAACAUUGCCACCAUGUUGCUCCUUCUCAGCACGGCGCUGCUGUCACUGCAGCACUACGUUGGACCGCACGACCUCCUCGUCUACGCCCAGCCUUACACGGCCUCGUGCCGUGACUGGUUCUGGUACAGCGCCAUCUGGCUCUUGGUCAUGAUGAGCUUCGAGCGGAUGCUGACCGUGUCCGCCUCCAGGGCCAACACCCUAUGCACCUCCAGCCAGGCCGCUGUAGUAGUGACUAUGGUGUUUGCCGUUGGUCUGGUCAGCGCUCUCCCACGCUUCUGGGAGUACGAGGCGGUAGAGGUUCUUGAUCCUCAGACCAACGCCACGAGCCUCAUCGCGGAGAAAACGAUGUCCACGACAACAGAGGAAUACAACACCAUGUACUUCUGGUACGUCAAAGGCGUAACUCUCUUCGCGCCGUUCGGCAUGAUGAUUCUAAUGUGUCUAGUCCUUGCCUGCCGUACGAGAAGAGCAGUACUCACUAAACGCUACACGGCCAUCAAGCACACCAAUGGUCUGACAGUAAACCGCAAAAUGAAAGAGGAAGUGUCCAUGUCCAAACUUCUGAUAGUCUUGAUGUGCCUUUACAUGCUCUGCUCCAGCCCGGCGUCCAUUCUGGAUCUGCUGGCACAGGUGUGUCCAGCUCUGAUAGACCCAGCGUCUAGAACAUUUUCUAGCUUGUACAACAUAUUCACAGUCAUCUACUUCUUCCAAUUCGCUCUGCAUUUAAUGAUCUACUUCACGUUCAACAAGCCCUUUAGACUCACCAUGCUCGCCAUCUUCUGCUGUUGUUGUUAAAACUGACAUGUUGAGAUCCAAGUUUAUUGUUGCUAUUUAUCAAACUGAAUUAUAUCAAACUGAAGAGUUGGCUUCCAUUAAAACUGUUGCCAAUUAUAACGACACGAAACUGAAAACGGUGUGAGUAUUAAAAUACGAAAUUAACUUGUAUUACCAGCAAGCCAUUGUGGACUAGUGCACGCGAACUAAUGAACAAAAAAAAUUGUGACUCGAAAUAAAUAUCAAAUGACAUUAAAAGCAUUCCAAUAUAUAUUUUUUUUAAAUAAUGCUGUUUAUCAAAUUGGGUUAAUGCAUAUAACUAAGCCUAAGUAGUCCUGAGGUCUUGAACACACACUAAUGGAUGUGACUCAGUGAUAGGCAGAACUUUCACAAAGCAGAUCCCCAUUUCCAAAAACUCUGAACUCUUAACAUUAGACAAUCAUUUUUUUUUUGUUAGUUAUAUCAUCACAUCACUACGUUACCACAUAUGUCAUUGCCAAAGUUUGAGUACAUCAACAUCGACAUCACUACGUUACCACAUAUGUCAUUGCCAAAGUUUGAGUACAUCAACAUCGACAUCACUACGUUACCACUUAUGUCAUUGCCAAAGUUUGAGUACAUCAACAUCGACAUCACUACGUUACCACUUAUGUCAUUGCCAAAGUUUGAGUACAUCAACAUCGACAUCACUACGUUACCACAUAUGUCAUUGCCAAAGUUUGAGUACAUCAACAUCGACAUCACUACGUUACCACAUAUGUCAUUGCCAAAGUUUGAGUACAUCAACAUCGACAUCACUACGUUACCACUUAUGUCAUUGCCAAAGUUUGAGU